UGGUAGCUUGCCCGUAAUGUGACCAGCUUGUAAUGUUUUCGAUGCGGCUAUGGUCGUUUCGGCUAACUAUGCACGUCCUUUUCGAGAAACCAACUGAACGCUCAUGUAAGUUCAUAGCGUGACGUCGUUUGUCCAAUGAAGAAUAUUUGAAUUACGCUACUGAAGACAGCAGCUUGUUAGCCGACGUUAGCUUGCUCACACACCAAGGGAGAAAGCAGUGGUUAGCAAUGACGUUUCGGGGAUUCUGCCGACAGUCUCGGAUAUCACCAGUUUUCGUCGCCAUCGUUCUUGUAAUUCUGGGUGAGCAGCUGGUGAGAGCUGCACCUGAACAGGAUCCAUACAAGGUCCUCGACGUCAGCAGGAGUGCCACUCAAGCAGAAAUCAAGAAGGCGUACAAGCAACUUGCUAAAGAAUGGCAUCCAGACAAGAACAAGGAUCCCGGAGCUGAGGACAUGUUCAUUAAAAUAACAAAGUCUUAUGAGGUUCUGUCUAAUGAGGAACGGCGGGCCAAUUUUGACCGUUAUGGACAAAUGGAUGAGAACCAAGCAUUUGGUCAGUCACAGCACCAUGGCUUCCGCAACUUCCACAACAGCUUCUAUUUCGAGGAAUCCUUCUUCCAAUUCCCCAGGUCCAGGGACUUUGCAGAUAGCAAGUACCUGCUCCAUCAUGCACAGUAUAAUAGUGAUGUGCUACCGGACAGCUACAGAAGGCCAUAUCUAAUCAAGGUGAUGUCUGAUUGGUGCUUUGCAUGCAUCCACAUUGAGCCAGUGUGGAGGGAGAUCGUCCAGGAGCUUGAGCCCCUUGGGGUUGGCAUUGGCAUUGUGGAUCUGGGCUAUGAGCGUCGACUGGCCAACCAGCUUGGUGCUCACCGUGCACCCUCUAUAAUUGGGCUGGUGAAUGGAAGGGUGACUUUCUUCCACCAGGCCAUAGUGAGGGAGUACCUACGGCACUUCAUUGAAGACCUGCUGCCCCAGAGGCUGGUGGAAAAGAUCACAGAUAACAACUGCCUGCCUUUUCUCAGUAGAUGGCAAAUAGAGAACAAACCAAGUGUUCUCUUAUUUGACCAAGUACCUGUGAUUCCCUUGCUUUACAAGCUAACAGCGUUUGCCUUCAGGGACUAUGUGCGUUUUGGCUACGUGGAUCAGGGUGAGACGUACAAUACACGACUUCUGCGUCAGUUCAAUAUUAACACCUAUGCCCCCAGCAUGCUGCUGUUCAAAGAGAAUACAGAAAAGCCUGCUGAUGUCAUCCAGGCCAGAGGAAUGAAGCGACAGAUCAUGGAUGAAUUUGUCUCCAACAACAAGUUCCUGCAAGUGCCUCGGCUGGUCAACCAGCAGCUGUUUGAUGAACUGUGUCCUGUCAAGCAGAUCCACCGACGCAGGAAGUACUGUGUGUUGCUGAUCACAGGUGAGGAGGAAGCCUCUGUUGCAGGAAAUAAGGCCUUCCUGGACUUUGCCUCAGUCAACUCCAAAGAAGUACUGCGUUUUGCAUACGUCUAUCAACGUCAGCAGCAGCAUCUGUGUCAGGCCUUACUUCGCAACCAGGGUGUGCUCUCACCUCAGGUAGUGAUUCUCGAGAGGCGUAGCCAAGCUGGCAAGGUCCUGUACCGCUCUGUAACUGGCGGCUGGAACGGCAGUGAGGAGGAUAAACUGCACCUCCACCAGCAGCUGGAGCUCCUUCAGAGAGACCCAGCCUACCUGACCUCCGACACCACCCUGCCUGAACUCAACAAUGAGCUGGCCCCUAUGUUUCUCAUCCAGUGGAUGACCUCUGCUUAUGAAUACUUACUUCAAAUAUACGAUGACCUUCUCUAUUCAAACUGGCGAGAGAUGAUGCCCAUCUUGUCACUGAUCUUCUCGGCUCUCUUCAUUCUCUUCGGCACUGUCAUCAUCCAGGCCUUCAGUGAGUCAGUUGAAGAUAAGCCCCAGAAACCAAAACAGAAGGAGUCGCCAAAAACAGAGGAAGAUGCUUCAAGUAGAGCCAGCACCUCAAGCCGACCUCCUAAGAAGGACUUUGUGGAGGUGACUGAACUGACGGACAUCACAUACACCAGUAACCUGGUCAAGCUGAGGCCUGGUCACAUCAAUGUUGUGCUGGUGCUCACUGAUGCUUCCAAGAAUGCCUUGCUGAGGAAGUUUGCCAAAGAGGUCUUUUCUUUCUCAGGAACUCAGACACUUCACUUCUCUUUCCUCAAUGCCAAUAAGCACCCACAUUGGAUGCCCUCGCUCCUGACUUUGACCCCCGAUACAGAACAUAGUCUGGGCCACUCCGAUGAUGAUGAUGAGUCCCCGGAAUACACGGGCCACGUCUUGGCCCUCAAUGGCCACAAGAAAUACUUCUGCCUUUUCAGACCAGUCUUCAUUGGGGAUGAUCCCAGUGAUGCCUCUUCCUUCGAGUCCUCGUCCAUCUCCUUCACCAGAAGAAGGUCGCGUUCUCGGUCCAGGUCCCAGUCUCGAUCUCGAUCCCAUUCCAGGGAGGAUGGGGACAGCAGAAAGAGAGGAUCCACCAGGGCCACUAGCUUAGAGGUCCACCACAAGCUUGACAGGCUGGGACUUUGGAUGGAGAGACUGAUGGAGGGCACCCUGCCCAGGCUGCAUGUCCCCACCUGGCCCUCUCUUGAUACAGCCACUAACAAUGCCUCCACAGACAGCUGAAGUAAAAGUUCGGA